AUGGUUAUGAAUGAAUUUUAUGUUGACUAUCAUCAUGGGGGGUAUUUCGUUGAUGAAAAAUAUAUAGGAGGUGAAGUGUCAAACUGGAAGUGUGAUGGUGAAAGAUGGAGUUACUUUGAAAUAUUAGGAGUUGUUAAAGAGAUGAAGUAUCUAGAAGUUCAAGAAAUAUGUUACUUUGAAAUAUUGGGAGUUAUUAAAAAGAUGGAGUAUCCAGAAGUUCAAAAAAUAUGGUAUGACUUUGAUGGAACAUUGAAGGCGUUGGAAGAUGAUUUUGGUGCAAUAGAAGCACUGAACUGGUCCAAGACUAAGGGAAAGAAUGACAUAUACAUAGUCCACCCUAUUGAACAAACUGAUUUAGUAGUUGCCAUACCUGAAACCCAAACUCAUGAGUUUGUGAGGCCCAACCUGAGAACCCAAAUGAUGAUGUUUGUGAGGACCAACCUGAGGACCAUAAUGAUGAUGUGUGUGAGGACCAACCUGAGGAACAAAAUAUGGAUAUUUGUGGGACCAACCUGA